AUGUCACGACUGCAGCCCAGCUCUUCUUCCGGUUCACCGUUGAGCGGCGGAGGUUCUGCCCAGGGCGAGUACUCCCCGACAGGCCAGCGCGGGGGUCAGAGGGCUUACCCAUCCUGGCUUCCCACGAGGCCACCCCCACCAGACCCCGGUUCGACGCUUCACUCAUCCAUCGGAAUGCCUGAAACAGGGUUGACCCCUACCGAGCCUUUUGCUGGUGGUCGCAAGCCUACUCCACGCUCAAUUCGUGUAGUAAGCCUUCAGGAUGCCCCCCAGACCGGUCGGGACCGCAGCGAGCCUGCAGAUCGAGCGCGCGCGAGCAACUCCCGCCAAGCUCGCGUUUGGUCUCGCGCCACCACUGCUGGGCUGGAUCCAACUCUCGUAUCUGCUGCCGUUGAUGCACAUGGUCGUAUACCUCGUCCCAGGUUUCGCUCCGUCGGCCUCCAUCCGGAACUGCUACGGAACCCAUCUAUCUUCGGUCGGAUUUACUUCUAUCUACUUCCUCUCCUCGCUUUCUACCACUUGCCGCUUCAAACAUUUUUUGACUUCAAUGCUGUAUAUAUGUUGUUGCAAGUAGCGAAGUACCCAAAUCCAGUAGCACCCGGCGUGUCAGGCUCUGGCAAGAAUUGGGCCCUUGGUGCAGCAGCGUACAUAGCUUGCUGGCUGGUUUGGAUUAUGGUCGUUUUUGUGCUAUAUGAGCUCGUCUACUCCUUCUACCGUCGUUGGCGUGUCAGGCGUCCGCUUAUCGUCCCACUUUACCUUUCCUCGUCCGGUUUCAAUUUCGUCAGCAUGACCUCAUACACCAACUUCUGCUUCAUGCAGUACAUUCGUUUCUCUGCCUUUUUCGGUGAAAACGGCAGUCUUCGCGACGGUCUUGCGGAAACGUUUUGGUUCUACUCCCAAAACUUACCUACCGUUGCACUCCUCCUGCCACGAGCUGGUCUUGUCCUUACCUUGCUAUUCGUGUUCUCGUACCCAAAUCCCGAAUAUGUCGCUAUGGCCGAAGCUGGCUUCAGUCCUCGAGAUAGGACUUUCUUCCGCGCGUCAGAUGGAACGCUGACAAGUUACGCCCGCGGCGUCCUUAUCGCCAACGCUGCUUGGACAGCUUGGCGUAUUCUCGUCUUGAUUAUCAGCUGGACCGGCCUGUGGAUCCUGAGUGGCCAGGGCUGCGCAGGAAUCUGUGGACCGCGUUACCGAUGGGAGGAGGAAGAACACGAAAAGACCAUGUCAACAAUCAGUGAUAGUGUCUCCGAUGGCGAUGCCUUACCCUGGGUUUGGAGAAUGUGUACGAGGCUACGUAUCCAAGAGGCGUACAACUUCUGUCUUACCGUGAAACCGUCCCGCUCGGAAGAAGGCGGGGAUGAAGGGAUGUUGGGCGUCUCCACCACCCCAGCAUUCGAUGUGGAACAAGUGUUGGCAGCUAUUGGCUUGCCGUCGGCCCCGACACCUGCACGACGUGCGCCAAUCUCCGGUGACUUCUUUGAACCAAAGAAAGGAGGAAUUGGGAUGGCCCCCACACCCCCACCGGAACUGUCCGACAUCAUUCCGAAGGUCGUCAGAAAGUCGUCGACAGAGCGGCCCGUUGCGGGUCCUUCAGCACCAUUAAUGAAGCUACCUUAUCCAUUUACGGGCUAUGGAGCGCAAGCCUCACCGAAGGAUCAGAUUCCCUUCCCGCCUUCACCAGGGUCAAGAAAGGAGAAACGCCGCUCACCGACUUCCAGUAGUGCCGGCCCGGAAAGCGAAGAGGAUGCAGAGGAAGAGGAGGGUGAGGAAGAUGAGGAAGAGGAAGACCCGCGCACCUCUGGUUCUUUGUCGAGUCUUGGUCAGCCGAUCAUGUCUCGGUAUCCGUUCCAGUUCCGUCGGCCUCACGGUCGCGGAGGAUCCGUGUCCUCUGGCCCUGCAACCCGUUCCACCCCGCAAUCUGAUGAGAUGCCGUCGUCGAAUACACGGUCCUCGCAUUCCCAGUCUACCCGUUCAACAGGUAACCAAGAGACGUCCUCUGAAUCCCCAAUGUCGCACGGGGUCGGCAGUUCUGUCAUGUCGAGUCCAGCCUCCGGACACGCAAGUGGUAGUCCGAUACCCAUGCCUCCACGGCACCCUCAACCUGGUAGAGGACGUGCUCGCGCUGGGACGGUGCCCACGUCGUACCUGUACCCUACGUCGCCUUCCCCUGUUAUAUCCUCCGGUCGUAACACCGAUAAUUUGGGGAGUGGUUACGAAGGAAGAGGAAGCCUGAACCCCAAGAUGAUGGAGCAACCUGAACCUGAAGGUCCCCAUGAGGCUGCAGAAGGCGAAGACAGUGUUGGUCUACUCGGCGUUAUGCCCCGCACUAGACGGAGACGGGGUCGCCGUGACUCACGUUCUAAUUCGCACUCUUCACAAUCGGAUUCUCAGUCCCGUUCAGCGUCAUCACGCUCGCGUGCGGGCUCGGCUGUGCGGUCACGGACACAGUCUCUCAUUCAGAGCUUGAGUGCUGCAUCUCGGUCCUCACUCGAUGUCGUGCAAGCCAUACGAUCACGGACAAGUUCGAUGGCACGUCUUGAGGAAGAUCCUGGACACAUUUCGGACUCUCGUUCGCAUUCCGGAAGUGCCGGAAGUGGUUCGGGCAGCGCGCGGAGCGCCACUGGAGAGCCACUGUCAUCGAGUCGACUGCGGCCAGCAUCUUCUACGCCAUCAAUAGCCACGACUUCGGCAUUCACUGCUCGCCCUGACGCUGGCCCACGGGAACAUAGUGGGGAGAGGAGUGGAAUCGCUAUUCCAGCCGGAAGAGGCGAGAGCCGACCAGAUAUCAGCACAGCAGCCCAGUCUUUCGUUACGGCUCCGACGACACUGGCAGGUACUGUGAUCAGUGACCAGGCACCCAGCUGGCCAGAAACCAUGGUGGACAAGCCACAAAUUGAAGAAUAUGACUGA